AUGUUGGAACUAUGGGAAAAAUUCCGUAGCCGUAUCUAUGAUCAUCGUGUUCCAUCAGCUGCGGACUUUGUUUUGGAUGGUGCAUUGAAGCUUGUCGUGUUUCGCGAUCACACGCGCCAGCGAAUAUUCUCAGUCCUUCCAACGUCAAAGGGUGCCGCGACUCUCGAUACUAACCACCAGGACAACCAACCCGCCAAAAUGGUCAACCUCCGCCCUCAGAAGCGCCUCGCGGCCUCCGUGGUCGGUUGCGGAAAGCGCAAGAUCUGGCUCGACCCCAACGAGACCAGCGAAAUCGCCAACGCCAACUCCCGUCAGACCGUCCGCAAGCUGGUCCAGGAUGGCCUCAUCAUCCGCAAGCCCGUCACCAUGCACUCGCGUGCCCGCGCCCGGGAGCUGACCGCUGCUCGACGAAUUGGUCGCCACCGUGGUUUCGGUAAGAGGAAGGGUACCAAGGACGCUCGUAUGCCAAGCCAAAUCGUCUGGAUGCGCCGUCUCCGUGUCCUCCGCCGUCUCCUCGUCAAGUACCGUGCCGCCGGAAAGAUCGACAAGCACCUUUACCACGAGCUGUACCACCUGUCCAAGGGUAACACCUUCAAGCACAAGCGUGCUCUCGUUGAACACAUCCACAAGGCCAAGGCUGAGAAGGCCCGCGAGAGGGCUAUCCAGGAAGAGAUGGACGCCAAGCGUGCGAAGACCAAGGCGGCGAGGGAGAGGAGGCAGGAGCGUGUCCAGCAGAAGCGUCAAGCUCAGCUGGGCGACGAGGAGUAA